UGUUUGUUUACACGGUGUUUGAUAAAUUUGUGUUUCCAAACAAAACUGCAGCAAAGGAAUUAAAAAUAUUUAAUUUAUUUUCUAAUUAAAAUAAAAAACUUUUUAAGUAGAAAUAUUCCUUUAAUUAUUUCCAUAUAUUCUUUAGUAAUGGGCGUCACUGUGUUGUUGCCAUAUCAGAUACCAGAAGGCAAAACUGGUGCACAAGCCAUUGACUACCUUACCAAACGCCUGCUGGCAUUGGGCGCUAUACACACUGGACAAUUCCUCGUCGAUUGUGAAACAUACAUCUCCACACCACAACAUGGUCCAGCCAAAACUGUGCACGUACUACACGAUUCUGAAUAUCCUGCUUCCACAUUUUCCAUAUUAGACAACGGUGCCGGCAAACAAAUACCACUAGUGGCCGACAACCUAUUCGACUUACUCAUGUUGAAAAUGACUUCAGUCUACACAUCUAAAAAGCAGACUAAAAUUGAAUCAAAAGGUGCGCGCUUCGAAUAUGGUGAUUUCCUUAUAAAGUUAGGUUCCGUGACCAUGAUGGAAAACUUUAAGGGUAUACUCAUUGAAAUUGAAUACCGUCCGUGUGUGGUGCUUUCGUAUUGUUGGGAAAUGAUACGCGAAACAUUGCAAGGUUUCCUAGGCAUGCAAAUUGCCAAAGAGUAUCCAGGUUAUUUCUCACAACAAAUAAUGAAUCCUAUGGGCCAACAGCAGAUACAUCCCAAACAGAAUGAUGUUUACGAGCCAAUUGAUACGAUUAACCAAUAUUUGGAAAGUUUCACAAAUUAUCGCAAACAAAAUGUGUUGCCUGUGGCCGGUGGUGCGGCAGGUGGCGCAGCGGCCGCACAAAAUGCCGCAGCUAAUAUGCAGGGAGGCAAUCAGCGUAUGCGAAUGUAAUGUUAAUAAGCGGCAUUUGUGUUUGUGGUAAUUUUAAGAAAUUUAUUUAAAUUAGUUAGAUGAAGUUGUAAUGUGAGAAAAAUGAAAAUAAAUGGCUAAAAAUUUUUAUAAAUGAAAA